GAAUGAGAGGGACAUUGGAGGAGGUGUGGGGGGAGGACAAGAGGGAGCAAGCAGCACCAAGAGGUUCUCCCUCAGAGAGUGGAAGAGGCAGAGGCACAGAGGUAGAGGGAUGUCAUCAGUGGCAGUUCACCCCCUGUCCAUCCCUCACUCUCGUUCCCCCUCUCCUUGCUCCUCUUUACCUCUCCUUGAGACCAGAGAAGAAACUCGAUUGGUGCUUGAAGCUUUCCUCCGCCAGUCUCUUACAGUCCCCCUAGCUCAACGCCCGGGCCGAGUCGGUGGGGCAUACAAGGACCACAGCAAGUUCAGUGUGGGUGGGAGGGAAAGCCGGAAGAGGGUUGAGGAUGGCUGGGACUCUCUGGAUGAGCAGAUCAGUGCAGCAGAGGAAAAGAAACAUGGUAUCAAGGAUCUAAUAAAAAAACGACUACGACGCCACUCCACCAAGACGCGAUCUCUGAAGAAAGAUGCUUCAAAGGCUGAAAGUGUUCAUAGCCAUCAGAAGGAUGGCUCUCUUGAUGUGGACAGCACACCAGGCCAAUCAAAGCUGGAGGUUGCAGUAUGCUCCUCUGAUGAAGAGGGUGGGAAAAUUGAAGACAAAAAGAAGAAGAAGAAGAAGUCCCCCUUUUCCACUCUCAUCAGGAAAUUAAAAGCCAAGAAGGAGGAGCCGGAGAAUCCAGACCUGGAACCCAAGAGGCCAGGUUCUUUGCCAUUAAGACCAGAGGCAGAGCCUGAGAUGACAGCUGUUUCUCCCACUCACCCUCCGGAGUUCUAUGAGGAAGUGGCGGAGACCUUAGUUAAAAUUGCUCAGAAACAGGUGCCAGUGAAGCUCUCCCCUGUUGGCCCACCUACCCCCACGACUGAAUCCAAUGAGAAGGAGAUAGUGGUCAAUCAGUUGGUCCAGGUUUUAUCAAUGCAAGGGGAUGCCAUCAACAACAAGAUCGAGUCAGAUCCCUUUCUGAGGUCCUCUUUGGCCCGUCUCUCCUACCCUUCCUUUGCCAAGUUGCUUGAUACCUUUGCCAAUCAGACGGAGGCUCCAGUCCCUGCUCCGGCCAGUCCCACUCUGUCCAGGGUUGCUGUGACAAUGGAGGUGUCACGGCGUGUCAUUACAGCCACAGGGACACAGAGGAUGCGUGGGUUCGCAGAACAGUACAUGCAGAACUUUGCCCCCUGGGUGCAGCGCCAAGGCGGAUGGGAGAAGAUUGUCCAGUUAGAGGAUGUCUCUGAGUACGACUGACUGACCAAAACGUCCGGGCAGCAUGGAAUAGGUCACUCUACCUCUUUUGAGCAUGAACUCUGAAUUAUGAACUCUCACAUGUUUCCUGACAUAUAAAGAAAUUAGACAAGUGGAUCCAGAUAAUCAUGUAGAUUAUCUCUGUGGUGCUGUAAUGCUGUCCAAAGAGGGAAGAAGCACAGUGACUGAGUGCAUCAACAUACAGCUUGUUCCCCAAAACUGACCAUCACUGGUGUCCCAUGUCAAAAAUGUACCCGUGGUAUUGUUAAA